CCUUUGGGCGCCAUUUUGGCUCCAUGUGAGCUGUCUUGUCCGACAAGCAGGAUGUUUCUUCAGCGUGAAGGUGACCGUAGCAGUAGAUGAAAUCUGUUAAAAUGGCUUCGUUGAGUGUAGUAAGAAGGAUGUUCUGUGCGGCGGCAGACACAGCAGCAGCAGCAGCAGCAGCUCCGGCUCCCGCCACAGGCAGCCGGUGGGAAAGACUGAAGAACAGUAAAGCUGGUGUGUGGUUUCGCAGCCUGUCUACUGACUACAAAGAGGCUUGUCGGGAGAUAUUUGUUGGUGCAUGGGAGCGGCCAGUCAAAGCCUCUGCAUAUUUGAGCCUGCUGGGUGGAGCCUGGGUCUGUUUCUACACCAAACCUGAUCAGUCAUCCUUUGAAGCCGCCCUGCUCGAGCGUUCUGGCCAGCUAGGCCUGCUGUCUCCGUGGAUCCGCAAUGCCACCUCCGACGUCCAUGUGCAGAGCCUAGUGAAGCUUCGGAAUGAGGGCCGGCUCCGGCAUAUCAGCCUGGGUCUUCUGUCUCUGGUUUACCGCGCAGACUACAAUCCAGACGUCACACUGUAUGAAGCACAGUGCUCCAACCUGUCAGUACCCUGGAGUGAGCUCCCUGAACGGAUGCUAGACGUGGGCUUCAUUGGACACUGGUGGAUCCUGGACUCAAAGAUGAAGGACUAUGAUGUGAACGAGGACGAGUUCAAGCACCUACCAGCCCACAUGCAAGCAACAUCCCCACCCAGUGUUCAGGAGGUGGAAAGGAGUGAGAGGUUGCAUAAAGAGUCGUGGUUAACUCUGACCAUGGAGGACGAGAAGAAGGAAACAGAUCUUGUGGACAAAAAGCAGGAGAGUGUCAGCGAAGACAGUCCAGUGGAAGCAGUGCAACAGGAACAGACUCAAGCAUGAGGGCUGUGUGAAGCAGAAUGCCAGGCAAACACACGCUGAAUACAAAACUGUACCAGGGAAGUCUCAUUUGUCGUGCUCCAGUGGAUUCGACAGACCACUUUUAACGUACAUUUCUCAGCUCAGACCUGUCUAAACUGUUUACUCCCCCCACAAACCACCAAGGAAUCGGCAAACAGUCUUUGUCUCGUCAAACUAUAAGCAGUCAUUCAAAAUGGGUUCUGUUUUAAUUUAUUCCCACAUGCUUUUUCUUUCAUAGAAAAUAUUGCACAUCAUUUAUACCAUCAACCACAGGUCAAAAAAAUUGGUUAUGUCUACAUGUCUCCCUGUUGGUUUAUCUCACCAUUGGUUUGCUGACUGUUGGUUUGAGGCCUCAAGUUUUGGAUUAUGGUUGGUCACCUGGAGCCAGAAUUUUCCCCAGACUAAAUCUAAAUGGUGUUCUGAAAAAUCUGAGUGCAGAUAUAUGCAUUUUUAGAUAUAAACACCAGAUUUCUCUGAACACCUAUGUACAAAAAUGUGACAAUAUCAGUUAUCUCAUCAAUAAUGGCAAUUUAAUUCUCUAAAAUAUCCCCUGGGACCAUUAUCAUGACAUCAUAUUAUACAACUAUAUGUGACUUUAUUAUCAUAUAUAGUUUAGAUGGUAAAUGUCACUUUGAUGGUGAAAGGUCACAAGACAAAAGGGCUGGGAACCUCUGGUUUAGUAACUCAUCAUAAAGUGUGUUCUUUUAUUUUGAAAAGUACCUGGUCACACUAGCUGUCUGAUAAAUUUAGUAGUGUGGCACCCACAGCAAUGUCCUUUUAGAAUGAAGUGGAGUUGAACAGAAGAAUAAAGAAAUAUAUACGAUGGAAAUACUGGAAUAAAGUACUGGAACAAAUGUA